AUGAUUGAAGAAAAGUACUACCAGUGCGUUGGAGCUGUGUUGAAAAUGCUAAGCAAUGUAAGUGACGUUGCGUUUACCUGCGACGCCGUGACCGUACCAAACUCGAGUCGCUCGUUCCUUACCAUCACGGCGCAUUUUAUUGAAAAGGAUUCACUUAAUUCAAUCUGCCUUGCAUCGUCAAGAAUGGAUCAAAUUUCCGAUGUCCCAAAACCGAAAGACUGUUUUGACGAUUUCAUGACCACACACAAUCACUCAAUCACAAAAGAAUUGAGCGGUGUGUCGGAGCAAAAUAAGGAGCUGAAACUAUACUUUAGCUUGCCCCAAGCUGCAUGGGAAUGUAACCCGCUGGAGGUGUGGAAAUCCCAAAGGGCGACCAUGCCGGGUCUUUGCAAGGUGGCCAUGCGACAUCUUAUCACUCCAGGCAGCUCGGUGCCUUCAGAGCGGUUGGCAUCCGCAAUAAAAUGUGUAGUUUGCGAUGCUAGGAGCCGAAUGACGGACAUACACGUGAGCCGCUUUUCUAGGAUCAGUCCCAGAUACUGCGCCUGGGGUGACUGUGGGAUGGUGACGUCGUGGAGUUCGACUCUGGCCCACUUGCCAUACGAGUCCAGAAAUUCCUGGGUGAUCCUUGAUGCCUCGAUUCGGCAGGAAGAGUUCACAAGAAAGGCAGUAUCGUCAGCAUAUGUGGCCAAAAGUGUGCCCGGUUCAACAGAACUUGGCAGGUCUGAUGUGAACAGGGUGUAG